AUACAUAUAUAUAUAUAUAUACAUGUAUAAAUUGCUUCCCACCUAACACUCUAUAAAUCUAAAUUUGAUCCAUAAACCUAGGUAAACAUUAAUUGUAAUCCUGUGUGCAUGGAAGGCGAAAACUACCCCUAUUUCUUUGAUGCGUCUUCUUCGUUUUCAUUGAAUAAUAAUACGCCUCUCGAUGUUGUGGAUCAUUCCAUGCAAAACCCUGAUCAUCAUCUUCAUGAUCAUCAGUUCCCUUGUUCUGAUCAGAUUGAUUUGGCUGGCUUUUUGGGCGCUGGUUCGUUGGAGCAGAACCCGGUUCCACCGUUGCCUGGAGGGAGUAUCGGGGACGUCGAGAAUGUCUGCAGAAACAAGGGUAAGGUUGGUAAGAAGAAGAAGUAUGUUCCACCGAGGGUGGCUUUCCAUACAAGGAGCGCUGAAGACAUUCUUGAUGAUGGAUACAAAUGGCGGAAAUAUGGACAGAAGUCUGUCAAGAAUAGCGUCCAUCCCAGGAGUUAUUACCGCUGCACACAUCAUACAUGCAAUGUGAAGAAGCAAAUCCAGAGGCUCUCGAAGGACACCAGCAUUGUUGUGACAACAUAUGAAGGAAUUCACAACCAUCCUUGUGAGAAACUAAUGGAAACUUUGAGCCCACUUCUCAGGCAGCUUCAGUUUCUAUCAAGAUUCUGAAAAACAUUGGUCGGUCAGGCCUGGCGAUGUUCUGUACAAGACUAACCUGCUACUUGGUUGAUGCCCAAGAACUGUACACAGAUGUGAAAAUAAAAAAAUGAAUGUUAUCUGUAAUUACACAAAAAUGUAAAAUUUCUACUGUCCUUGCCAAUUAUGUAAAGUUUGUUCUUACCAUGAACUCUCAUUGUAGAUUUAGGAGUAAUAAGAGGAUCUAACGAUGGCCUACGACCCUGUUGGCCCUGGAAAUCCUUAAGAGAUAAUGAAUUGCAUUGUCCCACAAAAUACAUAGUCAUAAGCUAGUGUCUGGUUGACAUUGAAAUGUACUUUGAAUGAGUCUUAAAUCAUCAGUGACAACCGGAUCAGCAAGUACUUCAUCUAUCUGCAUAUAUUAUCAUCGUAGUACAGUAAUAUUACACCGUUAAACCUUCAUAAAAGAAGGUUUUAUGUACCUGAUCAGAUCUUACCUAUGCUUUUACCCAGACAAGCCAGCAGCUUAAGAAAAAGGAAAUGUGGUCUAAUAAACAAACAAAUGAGAAGGGGUUGGGUCAAGUGGAGGAUUAUACAUCUCAUGCGCUCUUGAUAGCUAAUUGUUAAAAUACAAAGAAUGACAGCCAAAUUGGGAAAUGUAAAGAAAAACAUGCCCCAGUUUGGCUACCAAGAUAUACACACACACACACACAUAUAUCUCCAAAAUUACUUGUAGCUCGAGAACUGCAGAGUUGAAUGAUCUUCAGAAGAUAUUCGGGCGACGGUUACAGCUGGAAGGUACCUAACUCAUGGGAAUGUUGUAAGAGCUUUAUUUUUCUUGCACCAACCCAUUCAAGCCUAUAGGAGAGAUCAAGA